CACGUGAAUAUUCUUCGGGCCACACUCGUUCGUCGUCGUCUCCGUUCAUUAUCAUCAUCAUCAUCUCACGGAAAUUCUCCGGCAGCUCCACCGUCCGACGACACUUCCGACGAAAAUUUAUCAUCGGUGAUUCAAGAUGUCAGUUAUAGCACCGCAGAUAUCCGCUUUCAAGAGCUACGGCGGAUUCCUAAAUGAAUCAAGUCAUCGAAUUCCGAUGCCAAUUUUCGCUCAAAGCCCUAAGAUGAAUUCCAAAUGGACAUUUCCUCAGGCGUCUCUAAAACCUAAUUUCCAUCUUCCAAUGCGAAGUUUCGAGGUUAAAAACAGCAGGACAUCGGCUGAGGAAAUACAGUCGUUGAGAUUAAUAACCGCAAUCAAAACUCCAUAUCUACCAGAUGGGAGAUUCGACCUCGAAGCAUAUGAUGAUUUGAUGAACACCCAGAUUGAAGAAGGCGUGCAAGGUGUGAUCGUCGGUGGUACGACCGGCGAAGGUCAAUUAAUGAGCUGGGAUGAACACAUAAUGCUUAUCGGACAUACAGUCAAUUGCUUCGGCGGAUCAAUCAAAGUGAUAGGAAAUACAGGAAGUAAUUCAACUCGUGAAGCAAUCCACGCAACUGAACAAGGUUUCGCAGUUGGUAUGCAUGCUGCACUUCAUAUCAAUCCUUACUAUGGUAAAACUUCGAUAAAUGGAUUGAUUUCUCAUUUCGAAAGUGUAAUCCCAAUGGGACCAUCUAUUAUAUACAAUGUACCUUCAAGAACUGGGCAAGAUAUUCCGCCAAGAGUGAUUCAGGCUCUUUCGACGAACCCUAAUUUGGCUGGAGUGAAGGAAUGUAUGGGAAAUGAUCGUGUAGAACUCUAUACUUCAGAUGGAAUUGUUGUUUGGAGUGGUAAUGAUGAUCAAUGUCACGAUGCUCGAUGGGGAUUUGGUGCAACUGGAGUUAUAUCUGUUGUGAGUAAUCUUAUUCCGGGUUUGAUUAGAGAACUUAUGUUUGAAGGAAAGAAUUCAUCUUUGAAUGGUAAGAUUAUGAAUUUGAUUGAGUGGUUGUUUUGUGAGCCGAAUCCAAUUGGUUUGAAUACAGCUCUUGCUCAGCUUGGUGUUGUUAGGCCGGUUUUUAGGCUCCCUUAUGUGCCUCUUCCUUUGGCUAAACGGGUUGAAUUUGUGAGAAUUGUUGAGGAAAUUGGUCGCGAUAAGUUUGUUGGUGAGAAGGAGGUUAGGGUUCUUAGCGACGAGGAUUUCAUUAUGGUUAGUCGUUAUUAGUUGGGUAAUGAUGUUUUUUUUUUAACUAAACCGAAUUCUUGGAGUUAUAUCGGUUGUGAGUAAAUCUUAUUCCGGGUUUGAUUAGAGAACUUAUGUUUGAAGGAAAGAAUCCAUCUUUGAAUGGUAAGAUUAUGAAUUUGAUUAGUGGUUGUUUUAUGAGCUGAAUCGGAUUGGUUUGAAUACAGCUCUUGCUCUGCUUGGUGUUGUUAGGCCGGUUUUUAGGCUCCCUUACGUGCCUCUUCCUUUGGCUAAACGCGUCGAGUUUGUGAGAAUUGUUGAGGAAAUUGGUCGUGAUAAGUUUGUUGGUGAGAAUGAUGUUAGGGUUCUUAGCGAUGAGGAUUUCAUUAUGGUUAGUCGAUAUUAGUUGGGUAAUGAUGUUUUUAUUGAACUAAACCGAACUCUUUAUCCAAUUUUAUUCCUAUAUUUUGAAAUUGGUGUUUUACAUG